AUGUAUUCCACAUUAUUAACUAUACAACCAAUCAUUUAUGAAAUUGAAACUAUAACAAGAACAAUAUCUAGAAAUUUAAUAUAUUUAAUAGUUUUUCCAAUAAUUUUAUUUUUCAUUUUUGAUACUGGAUCAGGUAUUGUAUUAACAAUUUUAAAACAAUUGAAUAAUGAAAAAGGUGCAACUAAAGGCAAAAAACAUAAAUUGUUAUCCGCUGGUCAAGAUGUUGGAUCUUCAAGUAAAUCUACUGCUAUCAGUAUUCCAAAUAUAGUCUUUUCAUAA